GCAGGCCGGAGAGAUGAUAAAGGGACUGGUGGAAGGCCGCGAGCUGCGACUCUUCUGAGCUGCUCCUUCGCCACCGUUCUGGCUCCAGGACGAGAUUGCCGAGAAAAUCUGCCAAAACCAAGAGUAAUGGCCUCGCAUACUCUUGUACUUCCGAACAAGCCUCUGAAUCUCACCUGCCUGCCCCAGGGUGAUUUCACCAGCAUCCAGUGGCUGAAGGAGAACCAGUAUCUUCAGCACAACCAUCAACUGCAUUCGUCUGAUGGCAACCAGACUCUUGUUCGUACAGGGGUCACCUUAGCCGAUUCAGGGGCCUACCAGUGUGAAGUCAGAAACCUGGCCAACUGCAGCAGCAGCGACCCUGUGGUCAUCUCUGUAGCCUAUGGACCGGACGCCGUUGAAAUAAGCCCCUCUGGAAACAUAACCCAGCUCUUCGGUUCCCCUUUGAAUCUAACUUGCAGUGCCGAUUCUGUCCCUGCUGCCGAAUACAGCUGGUUUUUCAAUAACACCCUUGUGGGUCUUGGGAGAGUCAUGACCAUUAAUUCCACAGCCUGGACACAUGAGGGGAUUUACGAAUGUUGGGCGUACAACGCUCUAACCAACCUCACAGGCCGGGCCUUGGUUACGGUAUCAGUGGUGAUUGUAGCAAGCCAAGAAUCCCCUUCUGUUCAGCCGACAUUAAUUCCAAGAAUCAUUUCAGGCACCGUUAUUGGAAUACUGGCGGGAGUGGUUUUAAUCGUGAUCCCCGUGUACUGUUUCUGUGUCCGUGUUCAGAGUCAGAAGCCUCCACAGGUCCCGCCAAUUGUGUCCCAGUGUGACAAGAAGCCCCCUGACAUACCAGCAAAGCAUGGGCCAAAGCUGGAAAACUCCCCUGAUCCAAACUCCAUGUAUCAGGAACUCCAGUGUGGAGAUGAGGCUUUAUACCAAGAGCUGGAAAGGUGACUUCCUCUGAGCCGUACAGGGGCAAGAGGCGGCCGCUUUCCCCGCCCUGCAAUAGCCCAACUGGAUGCUUCUCCGUUCAAUGCCUUCUGCUUUAAAAGGGCUGGCCUGGCGCAGUUUGAAAUGGCAUCCAGUAUAUGUGUAUAAACCAUGGCUGUUAUAUGGCUGCCAACCUCCAGGUUUGGCCUGGAGAUCUCCCAGCAUGACAACGGCUCUCCAAAUGACAAAGAUCACUUCUCCUGGAGGAAACAGUGGCUAUGGAAGGUGGACUCUAUGGCAUCAUACCCUGCUGAGGGCCCUCCCCAGACUCCACCCCCAUGAAUUUAUUCACCUGGAGAUGAUAACAUGAGGCUAUUUUGGGGUAUUUUUUUUUCUUCCCCAGAUGAGAAAGUAUGCUUCAACGUAAUAAAUUCUGUUGGUGUAAAA